AUGAAGCUUCCAUCGGUCGUUCUCAAGCUCAAGCUAUCCAUCACUCUAAUAUUUGCUCUGAACAUUCUUCUCUGUCUUUCGUUCACUUCGCCCGAGCCGGAUUCCACUCAUCACCAUGUCUCGCCUGCCGCCAGCCCAGAUACCCAUCGCGAACACAACGAGGGAUUUCAGGACAAGAAGAGCCCACCCGUUCCGAAGAAGCCACUUGCACCGAAGCUGUCUCCUAAGCCACCUACUCCAGCCCAAACAUCUCCUAUAAAAGGCAAGAUCUCAAAGCCGGAUGCCCAUCAUCCAACAACGAAAUCAGUUCAUCAGGGCGGGGAGCAGCGAAGCCAGCCCGUUGCACAGAGUUGGACUAACCACACCGCCCCGACUCCAUCACCUCCUAAUCGUCUAAGUGUACUCACGACCUCGGGAAGAUAUCUUGGAUUCACAAACCAGUCGCGGCAUUCAGUUGAUACAUGGCUGGGAAUACGUUACGCCAAGCCACCACUUCAAGAUCUACGCUUUCGUGCCCCACUCCUCCUUGACAAAAACCAGAACGAUGAUGGAAAAAUUCAGCUAGCUUUUGAAUUUGGGGAUGCUUGUCCGCAGCCGGCCUUUAAUCCUCCACUGGAACCCGAGGUAGACAUAUCGGAGGACUGUUUGUACCUCAAUGUUUAUCGGCCCUCCUCCACAGAUCAUAAGUCACGCUUACCCGUUCUGCUCUGGAUACAUGGGGGUGGUUACACCUAUGGAACGGGUGCUAGCACGGAUGGAGCUGUCCUUGUUAGUUCUAGCUACGAUCUCAACAAGCCCAUUAUUUUUGUAUCUAUGAACUACCGGCUUGGCUCUUUUGGAUUUGUGCGUCAAUUGGUAUCCUUAUAA